AUGCCGGCAGAGGCGCGGCCGAGCGGCGAGGCAGCAGGCGGUGGCCAUUGGGCAAGGAGCAGCGGGAGCACGCAGAGAGGCACCCUGAGGUCGCGUGGUGGGCGGCUCGUGUCCGCUCGGAGAGGCCGAUGCUUUGUGAGGAAGGGAGGGAGGGGACAAUGCCACAGUGGAGAGCGCACGAGCGCGACGGCGGGCUGCGAUGUGGUGGAGCGCCGCGGUGUUGGAUUUCGUCCUGCAGUGGAGCACCACCUGCUUGUUGAGGUCCACUGCUGGUUGCGAGCUCGUCUUGAAGCUCAGUGCCGUGGCUUGGAUGCGCCAGCGAGCUCUGCUUGA